AACGACUGCACAACAUUUUCUUUUCUCCCAAACAUUUUCUUGGUUUAAUUGCGCUGGGUUCUGCGUCGAGCUGAGUCCAACGCCAGGUUUCUUCUCGUCAACAGGUUAAUUGCUUCGGACAACCGCCUUCAUUGCGAGUACUAGUCAUGCUCUCUGCCGCCGAUCUCCAGAAAAGACACCAGCUCGAAGGGGCUCCUGAUCCUUUCCCGUCCUUGGAGGACUCUCCGGUCAAGUCUCGUCCUCGUCCCGGCCCGUCGGCCCACGCCACGCCCGACACGAACUCGACCACCGCGUUCCCUUCUCUGGCCCCGUCGCCGAUUGCUGCCACCACCCCUGGUAAGGCGACCUGGGGAUCGGACGCUGGUCCCCGCAUCAGGGCAACCGUCAAGGCCACACCCUCGGACUCAUUCACUCUCCCUUACACGGAUGUCCCACCUAACAGGGAUGGCAAGCCCCAGACUCUCGGUGACGUCCUCAAGCAGGUCAUGACAAAGUUCAAGGUCAAGAUCGAGGCUUCGGCAAAUCAACGAGCACGCCAGACUACCUUCCACAUGAAGGCAGAGUCCCAGAAGGAGCUCGACAAGGCCAAGCGCGGCCUCCUCGCCUCGCUCAGCCCGGUCAUUGAAGAUGAGCUGCCUGCUCCUGCUUCUACCAUCCCGGCUAUCAUCGGUCCUAAAGGCGCCACUCUCAAACAGAUUCGCGACCAAACUGGUGUCAGGAUUGAUAUUCCCCGCAAGGAGGAGGUCGCAAACGGAGCCAACGGUACUGCAAGCGGAAAGGUCACUCCCGGCGCUGACGACGAAGAGGACGAGGUCCUAGUUCCCAUCAAGAUUACCGGUCCUCAGCCUCUGGUAAUCGAAGCACGGGCCAUGAUAAACGAAAUUAUCUCUUCUCGUACCUCGAACAUCACCCAGCGCGUCCGCGAUAUCCCAGCUCAUAUUUUGCCUUUUGUCACUGUCCGCCGUGCUCAAUUCGUCGAGGCCGCCCAAGGCGGAACGAUCCAUCUCGCACUCAACAACGCAGAGCGUGAGAUCACGGUUAGCGGUGACAGGGAAGCGGUACACCGCGUCAUAGAGUCGAUCAAGGGCGUCGUUGAGCAAACCACGAGUAACAUCACUUCGCUCAAGAUUUCGCUCCCUAAGCGCCAGCAUCGUCUUCUUGUGGACAGGGCUGCUGAGGAGAUUAUGACCAAGAGCAAGUGCGCCGUUCAGGUUGCCCCCGCGGACGAGCCCAGUGACGAAAUCACUGUCUGGGGUAAUCAGACAGACUUGACCAACGGUCUCAGCGCUGUCAUGGAAAAGGCGAACUCGAAGUACAUUCACGAAUUCCCGCUCCCUGGUCCAGUCUCGUUGUCCAAGCAGCUUCUGACUUACAUGACUCGCAUCGGUUAUCCGAAGACUUUGAGCAACGGUCACCCCGGUGUUGAUGUCUUCACUCCUUCGACAGCAGCUGUGGCACGCGCUAGCGUACUCAACAUUGAUAUCGUCGGAGACAAAGCCGCAGUUGACAACGUCGUUCGAGAAGUUUCUGGGCUCAUCGGCAAGCUUAUUGGCGCUACCAAGGAAGUUCCCGUCGAAUAUUUGGUCCACCGGGUUAUCCAGGGCAAACAUGCUAAGAAGUUCAAGCAGUUCCACGAGACGCACAAUGUCCAACUCUUCUUCCCAGCCGAAUCUUUGGAGCAGUCGUCGGUUCUCCUCGUUUAUGACCCCCUGUCCCCGUCUGCCUCGCCAUCGCCAGAUGAGAAGGAGAAGCACCUCGAUGAAGUCGCUAAGGAGGUCCUGAAAGUAGCCAAAGAUGCUGGCGAGAUCAAGACUGAGGUUGUGCCUGUUGACAAGCAAUGGCACGAUGCUGUGGUCGGUAAGGACAGGACUACUCUCAACGCCAUCAUCGGUGAAGAACAGGCUCUUUCCGUCAGGGUCGGCGCUAGUGCUAGCCACGAGUCUGGAGAGAACGUCAUCGUCGUUCGCGGUUCGGCUAGCGACGUCGACAACGCUGUCAAGAAGAUACUUGCCGUCGUUGAUGAUGCCAAGAACGAUGCGAUUAUCAGUAGCUAUUCUACCGAGUUCGACAUAGACAGAGAAUAUGUUGGUCGUAUUGUCGGCGCACAGGGCGCUGGUAUUAACAAGCUCCGCGACGUUCUAGGAGUCAAGGUUGAUGUCAAUGAUGACUUUGACGAGAAGGACAAAGAGUUCAGCAAGAAGAAGAGGACUGCUCACCAGAAAUCCAAGAUUAAGAUUACCGGCCGCAAGGAGAAUGUGGAAGAAGCUAAGAAGAGGAUUCUGGCACAGGUCGAAAGACUGGCAGAUGAGACUUCAGAAAUCCUCCACAUUCCCGCCCGGUAUCAUGCGUCUCUUAUUGGUCAGAGUGGUAAAUACGCCAUCAGACUUGAGGAGAAGUAUGCUGUCAAGAUCACAUUCCCUCGUUCUUCUGGCGAAAACGGAGAGGGCAGGACUCGCGAGCAGCUCAAGGCUGAUGAAGUUCUCAUCAAGGGAGGCAAGAAGGGUGUGGCACACGCCAAGGCUGAACUGCUAGACGCUCUCGAAUUUGAGAAGGACAACAACAACGUUCUUGAGUUCGAUGUCCCGACACAUACCGUAGCUCGCAUUCUUGGCCGAGGAGGCGCCUCCAUCAACGAGAUCAAAGACGACACCGACGCUCAAAUCGAUGUGGACAGGGUGGAGGGUAAUGACUCCACCAGGCACAUCGUCGUUCGUGGCACUAAGAAGGGCAUCAACGCGGCUAAGUCUGCCAUCAUGGCCAUUGUUGACUCCGUCGGCGAGGAGACCACAGUGAGCAUGAACAUCGAGCAACGGUUCCAUCGCACCAUUAUUGGCGCCGGCGGGCAAGGUUUAAAGGACAUCAUCGCUCGUUGUGGUGGUCCCGAUGACUCCAAAGUCCAGGCUGGUCUUGUUAGAUUCCCGAGACAGGGCGAACCCUCGGACGAGGUUCGCCUCCGUGGAGAACCUAAGCUUGUCAACAAGAUCAAGGCCGAGCUGGAGAAGGUUGUCACUGAACUUAAGGACCGCGUCGUCCUGGCUGUUGAGAUCCCUGCUUCCCAGCAUCGCACUCUCAUUGGUCGGGGUGGGCAACACCUGAAUGAUCUCCAGAACCGAACUAGUGUUCAGGUUCAAUUCCCUGGUUCUCGCUCAUAUAACCAGGUUAGCGAUCCCGAAAACAUGGACGAACUUGUAGAUGCAAGCCCCGCCAACAUCGUCAAGGUGUCUGGCUCUCGCGCUGCUUGCGAAAAUGCCAUUGCUGAGCUGAAGUCGCAGGUUAAGGCACCACCUCCCGAAAGCAUAACAGCUGUAGUCAGCGUCCCUCUCAAGUACCACCAUGCUAUCUCCCAGCAAGGCGGCUUCUUCCGAACUCUUCGCUCGUACGGCGUGCAGGUUGAUCAGUCAGCCAUGCCUCAGAAAUCAGCCGUCCCCACUGCCCCACCGCAGUCAGGCAGCUCUGAGGCUCGCAUCGAUGAUGACGACAGCGAGGUGCCAGCCAACAUUACGUGGCAAGUUGGACCUAAUUACCAAGACGCGGAGGAGGGCGACUCCCAGUGGACCUUGAAGGCAAGGGAUGACGGCGCUUUAGAGCGUGCUCAGGUCGCCAUUCAGGAGGCCAUCCAGCAGGCGGAAAACAUGACUCACGUCGGUUUCUUGACCUUGCCUGAUCGCUCAGCUUUCCCCAGGAUUGUCGGAGCGAAAGGAGCCAACGUCAUGCGUCUGCGGAACGAAACUGGCGCCGAUAUCACUGUGAGCAGGGAGAGCAGUGAUAUCAUCAUCAUCGGCUCGGAGACGGCAGUCGAAGCUGCAAAGGAUGCGAUACUUAAACAAGCCUCUUCUAGAGCUGGACGCCGCUAAUUAAUGAUAUGAAUAGCAUCUAUGCAUUGUCGCAGUCGUCAUGCUUUGUCACUCUACGUCCAUUAUCAUAAUAUCAAUCAACAGGA